GCCUCCCCCGCGCGCUGGCGCGAGGCUUUCUGGGCCAGGGCGGGGCCGGCGAACUGCGGCCCGGAACGGCUGAGAAAGGGCUCGUCCCGCCUUCCCCGCGCCGGGUCCCGGUCGCGCCAUGGAGCCCCGGGCGGUUGCAGAAGCCGUGGAGACGGGGAAGGAGGAUGUGAUUAUGGAAGCUCUGCGGUCAUACAACCAGGAGCACUCCCAGAGCUUCACGUUUGAUGAUGCCCAACAGGAGGACCGGAAGAGACUGGCGGAGCUGCUGGUCUCCGUCCUGGAACAGGGCUUGCCACCCUCCCACCGUGUCACCUGGCUGCAGAGUGUCCGAAUCCUGUCCCGGGACCGCAACUGCCUGGACCCGUUCACCAGCCGCCAGAGCCUGCAGGCACUGGCCUGCUAUGCUGACAUCUCUGUCUCUGAGGGGUCCAUCCCAGAAUGCCCAGACAUGGAUGUUGUACUGGAGUCCCUCAAGUGCCUGUGCAACCUCGUGCUCAGCAGCCCUGUGGCACAGAUGCUGGCAGCAGAGGCCCGCCUAGUGGUGAAGCUCACAGAGCGUGUGGGACUGUACCGUGAGAGGAGCUUCCCCCACGAUGUCCAGUUCUUUGACUUGAGGCUCCUCUUCCUGCUAACGGCACUCCGCACCGAUGUGCGCCAGCAGCUGUUUCAGGAGCUGAAAGGAGUGCGUCUGCUGACUGACACACUUGAGCUGACGCUGGGGGUGACUCCUGAAGGGAACCCACCCAAGCUCCUUCCUUCCCAAGAGACUGAGCGGGCCAUGGAGAUCCUCAAAGUGCUCUUCAACAUCACUCUCGACUCCAUCAAGGGGGAGGUGGACGAGGAAGACGCUGCCCUUUACCGACACCUGGGGACCCUUCUCCGGCACUGUGUGAUGAUUGCUACUGCUGGAGACCGCACAGAGGAGUUCCAUGGCCACGCAGUGAACCUCCUGGGGAACUUGCCCCUCAAGUGUCUGGAUGUUCUCCUCACCCUGGAGCCACAUGGAGACUCCGUGGAGUUCAUGGGAGUGAAUAUGGAUGUGAUUCGUGCCCUCCUCAUCUUCCUAGAGAAGCGUUUGCACCAGACACACAGGCUGAAGGAGAGUGUAGCUCCCGUGCUGAGCGUGCUGACUGAAUGUGCCCGGAUGCACCGCCCAGCCAGGAAGUUCCUGAAGGCCCAGGGAUGGCCACCUCCCCAGGUGCUGCCCCCUCUGCGGGAUGUGAGGACACGGCCUGAGGUUGGGGAGAUGCUGCGGAACAAGCUUGUCCGCCUCAUGACACACCUGGACACGGAUGUGAAGAGGGUGGCUGCCGAGUUCUUGUUUGUCCUGUGCUCUGAGAGUGUGCCCCGAUUCAUCAAGUACACGGGCUACGGGAAUGCUGCUGGCCUUCUGGCUGCCAGGGGCCUCAUGGCGGGAGGCCGGCCCGAGGGCCAGUACUCGGAGGAUGAGGACACAGACACAGAUGAGUACAAGGAAGCCAAGGCCAGCAUAAACCCAGUGACCGGGAGGGUGGAGGAGAAGCCGCCUAACCCUAUGGAGGGCAUGACGGAGGAGCAGAAGGAGCACGAGGCCAUGAAGCUGGUGACCAUGUUUGACAAGCUCUCCAGGAACAGAGUCAUCCAGCCAAUGGGCAUGAGUCCCCGGGGUCAUCUUACGUCCCUGCAGGAUGCCAUGUGCGAGACUAUGGAGCAGCAGCUCUCCUCAGACCCUGACUCGGACCCUGACUGAGGAUGGCAGCUCUUCUGCUCCCCCGUUAGAACUGGUGCUGCUUCCAGAGACUUCCUUGGGGUUGCAACCUGGGGAAGCCACAUCCCACUGGCUCCACACCCGCUCCCACUUCUCCAUUUUAGAAAUCUCUUCUCUUUACUCCCAAGGUUCUGUUCAUGAUUUGCCUCUGGUCCAGUUUCUUAUCUCUGGACUGCAAUGGUCUUCUUGUGCUAGAACUCAGGGCUCAGCCUUGAAUUCCACAGACGAAUACUUUCUUUUGUCUGCGCCAAGAGGAAUGUGUUCGGAAGCUGCUGCCUGAGGGCAGGGUCUACCUGGGCACACAGAAGAGCAUAUGGGAGGGCAGGGGGUUGGAUGUGGGUGUGUACAGAGCAAGCACAUCUGGGAUUGGCACGCUGGCAGAGCCAGUGUGUUGGGGCAUGUGCUGCACUUCCCAGGGAGAAAACCUGUCAGAACUUUCCAUACGAGUGUGUCAGAACACACUUCCGAGGUAUGUAUGCUCUGUUGUUUCUGUCCUGUCUUCACUGAGCGCAGGGCUGGAGGCCUCUUAGACAUUCUCCUUGGUCCUCGUUCAGCUGCCCACUGUAGUAUCCACAGUGCCCGAGUUCUCGCUGGUUUUGGCAAUUAAACCUCCUUCCUACUGGUUUAGACUACACUUACAACAAGGAAAAUGCCCCUCGUGUGACCAUAGAUUGAGAUUUAUACCACAUACCAGACAUAGCCACAGAAACAUCAUCUUGAAAUAAAGAAGAGUUUUGGGCAAAAA